UUACAGAAACACAAUUUUAAACCAAUCAGUGCGUGCAUUUUCUUUGGGCCAUUUUCUAAUACACGAUAGAUUAGAGUCAUGAAACCAUUACCAAAGAUAUCACUCCGGUCAAUCAGGAAAGACACAGACAAUCCAAUAAAUCAAUCAAAACUAAGAGUAAACACAAGUAACUAAGGCGAAGGGAGGGACACCAUGUGAGCUCAUUGCGAUUGGUUUUGGUUUUACUUCUGAUUGGAUGAAAAAGUGGUGCAUGGUUUUUAAGCGUAAUGUGUAGUGUAGUAAUGGAAAACCAAUUACUUUUUGACACUAAUGUGAACACCACUGCAUUACCUUUGUGGUUUCUAAUUCUUGAAUUAUUUUAAUUUACAGUAUGUGAAAAGUAAACUGCAAGACAUAGUAGAUGGCAAUGUUGCUAUGUGGAAAAAUGGAAUGGAAAAAGCUUUUGAACUUUUGAAGAAGGCCAAUAACUGUGCAUUGUGCCAACAGGCCAUAAUGGUUCUUAGUGAUGGGACAACUUCAAGUCUUAGUGACCUCUUUGCAGAACACAAUCCAGACAAAAAGGUCCGGGUUUUCACCUUUGCUGUGGGUCCCCCUGCUGAAAGUACUGAAGCCUUGUACAACAUGGCUUGUAGCAACAGAGGUUACUUUUCACGCAUUCAAAGUGUUGGAGCUGUCCGUGAAGUUAGUAAGAACUACAUUCGUGUGUUGACUCGACCAAUGGCAAUGGCUCCUAAAGAGAAUGCAACUGACCACACAGUAUGGACAAGUGUUUAUUUAGAUGCUUUGGGACUUGGUAUGAUGGUUACAGGGACUCUGCCAGUUUUCCACCGCAUAAAGGACCCAUCUGAUUGCUCGUCAAAAGAUGGAAUGCAAGAUGAAGAGAAAUACAAAGAUCAUUUUCUGGGAGUCAUGGGUACAGAUGUUCCUCUGAACUACCUUAAAGAGUUCAUCUUACAACCACUGAUAGGAGCCAGUGGGUAUGUGUUUGCAGUGAACAACAAUGGCAUGAUAAUAUCUCAUCCACGAUUAAAAACUGUGUAUGGCUACUUGAUAGACCCUCCGGGGGUUGAUCUAGAAGACGUGGAAACAUCCGAAAACGACUUAAAAGUUCUUGAGCUUAGAAAAGCCAUGAUUGACACAGUCCCAAUAACUGCUGAACCGCCUCCAAGCAACAGCCCGAGCAACAAGACAUUUGUAGUCUACGAUUUGUCUUUUGACGAGCUGCGAGUGGCCAAACGCCUCAUGCAGUACUACUUUGGUGGUGUGGAAGGAACGUCCUUUAGUCUUGCGAUAGCAACUCCUCAACUGGGAUACAAGUAUAAGUUGGCAGAAUACACAGAUGACCAGGUGAUUGCUGAGCUUCAUGACCGAUUGUCAAAAGAGAGCGGUAAUAACAUAAACAUUGAGAAGUGGCCGUAUUGCAGGAAUGUAGUAUUUGCUGAAACAAGCCCAUUGGAGCAACUGAUCAAUGAAACCAAGACUGGAGACACUACAUUUUGUAAAAAUGUAGAUUUACUAGCUGGUCUUCUAGUAGACGUCAAUGCGACAUCUGGGAUGCCAGCUGUUUGGAAGAAUAAACCAAUGUAAGUUGAAAAUGUUUAAAAUUCAAGAUAUGGAACAUAAAUGCAGAGUGAUGUAAUAGUUACUUGCUUAUAUCGUACCUGCCGCUCUCCAUCAGUAUUAAAGGGUUGGUUUGCACUUGGGCUUUUAAGCCUUUAGUGUAAAACAAUCCUUCAAAUACUAAUUGAACACUGCCAAGAUAUAUGGGUUAUUGCCGGACCAAGCGUGAGAUCAAGAUGUAGCAGGACAGUCCGGAUAUUGCAUAAGUCCUGUAGUUGUCUAUGGACCGACGGUGUUGGAGAUCCACAAACUCGCAAAAACAACGACGCCAAGAUCGAGCCAUCUUGACUGAACAAUCGUGGUCGAUAAAGAAUUUAUUUUAUGACACGAAGAACACCAGUCUGUUGCGGGACACAACGGGUAAUCU